AUGCGCAUUUCAUUUGAAACACUUACGGCGGCUCUAGCCUGUCUAUCGACUGGCAAUGCCUUACAGAUUCCCCCAGACACGCCGCUCUCCGAAUUGAUCACCUCUGCCAAAUCACAUCUCGCCAAGGGCUCACCCCGUGAUGCCUUGGUAUACUUUGAUGAAGCUAUCGUGCGCGAUCCGACAAACUAUAUUACAAUCUUUCAGCGGGGUGCGGCUUACCUAUCUAUUGGGAAGAACCCACAGGCAUCUGAGGACUUCAAUCGCGUGUUGGAACUCAAGCCCGAUUUUGAGGGUGCCCUGCUGCAACGAUCCCGCCUAAGGGCACGAAAUGCUCACUGGAAAGAGGCUCUUCAGGAUCUUGAGCGUGCGGGGAAGAAAUCAUCGGCUGAGUACACGGAACUCGAAGAGGCGCGAGAUGCGGCAGGAUUGGCUGUGACUGCCGAGCAUAAGGGGGACUGGGAGGCCUGUAUCAUGCAGGCUGGAGUGGCGAUUUUGAAAGCAAAUACAGACCUGACCCUUCGACAGACCCGGGCACACUGUCGUUUCGAGAGAGGUGAGGUGGAAGAAGGCGUCAGUGACCUCGCACAUGUCCUGCAAAUCUCCCCUACCUUGGUAGAGCCUCAUUUGCAGAUGUCCGCCAUGCUGUUCUACGCACUUGGGGACAGCGAUCGAGGAUUAACUCAGAUUCGCCGAUGCCUUCACACAGAUCCUGACUCGAAGCCGUGCAAUCGUCUCUAUCGGCGAGAGAAACAAUUAUCAAAAUUACUUGGAAAGGUUCAUAGCGCGUUAGAGGCACACAAGUGGAGUAACGUUGUUAACCUCUUGGUCGGGAGUGGCGAUGAAACUGGCUUGGUUGAAGACAUAAAAAGAGACGUUGCGGAGGCGAGGGAGGCCGGUCAUAUUCAUCAAGCCGCCUCAAAUAAUCUUUAUAUUUUCCUUGUUGAGAAAACUUGUGAGGCUUACCGUGCGAUGAAUAUGGCUAAAAAGGCUGGUCCUUAUUGCACCGAAUCCCUACAGUUGGUUCCAUCCUCUCUUCAUGGUCUAUUAUACCAAGCCCAAUCUGCGCUGGAUGAGGAUCAGUUUGAGGACGCAGUGCGAACGCUCAACAUGGCUAAGGAACAUCACCCUCACUCCCAAGACAUUCAUUCUCUUCUGCAGAAAGCGCAUGCUCUUCUGAAGCGCUCCAAGCAGAAGGACUAUUACAAGGUUUUGGGUGUGAGUCGCGAUGCAGAUGAGCGAACCAUCAAACGGGCUUAUCGUCAGUUAACUAAGGUCAACCAUCCAGACAAGGCUGCCUCGCAGGGUAUCUCUAAGGAGGUAGCAGAGAAGAAGAUGGCAUCUAUCAACGAGGCCUAUGAGGUUCUAUCUGAUUCUGAACUUCGAACUCGGUAUGACAACGGGGACGAUCCAAACGAUCCCGAAUCCCAGCGAGGCCAUCCCUUCCAACAGCAAGGCAACCCCUUCGGUCAAGGUGGUCAACAACAGUUCUUCUUCCAGCAGGGUGGAUCGCAGUUCAAGUUCUCUGGUGGUUUCCCAUUCCGGUGA